GUUGGGACCUGCAUGUCGGUCAGACAAGGCGAGAGCGCUCGGCACAUCAGAGAUUCACCGGAAGCGGCGGCGGCGGCGGCAUGGGGAUGGGCGGCCGAGGCGUGGUGGGCGAUAGGUGGUCGCAGCGCGUCCUCUGGAUUUGCGCCCUCGGCAGCGCAGUGAGUCUGUACUUCGUGGCGGUGGAGAGACAGGCGCAGAACCGCGCGCGGGCCGUGUCCGAGGGCUUCAAGACCCUCGACAGCGCAGCGGGAGGCGGCGGCCGCGGUGGACAGGACGUGUGACUUCCGUCGCGCUGAGGUGAACGGACGUUCAGAGAAGUACCUCUCUGUUCGAAGCUUGAGACGAGUUAGAGUUGCCUAUCUGCUUCUUGUCCACAGAAUUGUCACAGUAAUAAUGUAUUACUAAUUGCUCCCUGCUUUUGCGAUAUCUGAAUGUUUGUGCAAUAAGAAAUGGUAGCUUAAGACUUGGAUGUUUUCCUGUUGGAAAAUUGAGAUGAUGUUCUGUUUUGUAAGUUUAGUUCCUCGAUUUCUUGAGCUUGUUAGGCUGCAGCUUAAUGGUUAGAA